GCUGAGGUCUGCGCGCCACCAUUGGCCGGGGGACGGGCCGGGGGCGGGGCGAAGAGGUGGUGCGCCGGCUCUCGGAUCCCGAAGGGCCCAGGUGAGCCGCUCCCAGACUAGUGACGUUUGCUAUUUAUCUCCCGCCGACCACGAGGGGGCACCAGAGAAAAACAGUCUCCCUUCGCGCUGAAAGAGGCUUGGCCCUUGUGACGCUCCGUCGUUGGGGGCCGUUGCAGGCGCCACCAGGAAGGAGAGCGCCAGUGUUGCUGUAGGGCGUCUGGGAAGUACGUCCGGGAACUGGCCGGCCCGCUUCGUGCCUGCGGGAACUCGGACCCGGGGACUCUUCGGAAACUCCGAGACGCCGAGAAACAUGGCGCUCCCCACGUUGCCGUCCUACUGGUGCAGCCAGCAGCGCCUGAAUCAGCAGCUAGCACGACAGCGAGAGCAGGAGGCCCGGCUUCGGCAGCAGUGGGAGCAGAACAGCCGUUAUUUCAGGAUGUCUGACAUCUGCAGCUCCAAGCAGGCAGAGUGGAGCUCUAAAACCUCCUACCAGCGGAGCAUGCAUGCCUAUCAGCGUGAGAAGAUGAAGGAGGAGAAGAGGAAGAGUCUGGAGGUCCGGCGGGAGAAGCUCAGGCAGCUCAUGCAGGAGGAACAGGACCUGCUGGUCAGAGAACUGGAGGAGCUAAGGCUGAGCAUGAACUUGAGGGAAAGAAGAAUCCGGGAGCAGCACAGGAAUCUGAAAUCAGCUAGAGAAGAACAGAGGAAACUGAUUGCUGAACAACUUUUGUAUGAACACUGGAAAAAGAACAACCCGAGACUUCGAGAGAUGGAGCUGGACCUUCACCAGAAGCAUGUGGUAAACUCUUGGGACAUGCAGAAAGAAGAAAAAAAACAGCAAGAAGCCAUGGCAGAGCAAGAGAACAAACAGUAUGAAAACCAAUACAAAAAGGCCCGGAGGGAGGCGCUGGAACGGAUGAAAGCUGAAGAGGAAAGGAGGCAGCUGGAGGACAAGCUCCAGGCGGAGGCGCUGCUGCAGCAGAUGGAGGAGCUGAAACUGAAGGAGGUGGAGGCCACCAAACUAAAGAAGGAGCAGGAGAAUCUGCUGAAGCAGCAGUGGGAGCUGGACAGGCUGGAGGAAGAGCGGAAGCAGAUGGAAGCCUUCCGGGAGAAGGCGGAGCUGGGGCGCUUCUUGAGACAUCAGUAUAACGCUCAACUCAACAGACGCGCACAGCAGAUCCAAGAGGAGCUGGAGGCAGACAGGCGGAUUCUGCAGGCCCUCCUCGAGAAGGAGGACGAGAGCCAGCGCCUCGACCUGGCCAAGCGGGAGCAGGCGGUGGCUGAUGUAGCCUGGAUGAAGCAGGCCAUUGAGGAGCAGCUGCAGUUGGAGCGGGCACGGGAGGCAGAGUUGCAGGUGCUGCUGAGGGAGGAGGCCAAGGAGAUGUGGGAAAAGAGAGAGGCAGAGUGGGCCCGAGAACGCAGCGCACGGGACAGACUGAUGAGCGAGGUUCUGACAGGGAGACAACAGCAAAUACAAGAGAAGAUUGAACAGAAUCGACGGGCACAAGAGGAAUCCCUGAAACACAGGGAGCAACUCAUUCGAAAUCUCGAGGAGGCAAGAGAAUCUGCUCGUCGCGAGAAAGAGGAGAGUGAAGAGCUGAAAUCUACCAGGAAGCGGGAGCUGGAAGCCCAGGUUGCAGAGCGCCGGCUGCAGGCAUGGGAAGCAGACCAGCAGGAAGAGGAGGAAGAGGAGGAGGCCCGCCGGGCUGAGCAGCUCUCGGAUGCCUUGCUGCAGCAGGAGGCCAAGACCAUGGCUGAGCGGGGCUACCGGCCCAAGCCUUACGGACAUCCGAAAAUUGCUUGGAACUGACUUCAUGGGUACCAUAAGCACAGAGAACAAGGGAUGCUGAGGCUUCUGAUCCCAGCCUCCAGGCAGUUUGACGGGGCUCUGGUAUACUCAGUGCCCAGGCACUGUCAGAUGGCUCAGCAGUGCCUGCUCAGGUUCAUCAUUAAAAGCAUCCAGGGUUUGGCCAGACAUUUAAGAUGUGAGUCUGCAGCACUUGGUGAGAGGCCCUUUGAUGCAUUUCUUACCCAAGCAAGGGUCUUUGAUAGGCACGUGUCUACAGCACUGCCGCAUAGUCUUGUAAUGUGUUAUCAAUAACAUCAACUCAAGGUCAAUACUAAGGAGCCACAGGUUGUGCCUGUGAUGGUGUACGUGGUUUCCUGUUGUCUCAACCUUUGUCAGCCUCCAGUGUUGACUCUAGAAAUAUGAGGAAAGCUUUUCAGUUUUUAAAAUUGCCAUUUAAAUUUAGUCUAUUGAAAACAAACCUAGAGAUGUUGGUGGAAUUUAUUUCAGAGUUUGUUAAUUUAAGGGUCCUAAAAGGAUUACAUCUUUUGUAUUCUGGAAGAAAAGAACUGUGAAGCCAGGCAUAGUGGCUCACGCCUGUAGUCCCAGCACUUUGGGAGGCUGAGGUGGGUGGAUCACCUGACGUCAGGAGUUCAAGACUAGCCUGGCCAAUGUGGUGAAACCCCAUCUCUACUAAAAAUAAAAAAAUUAGCCAGAUGUGGUGGCAGGCACCUGUAACCCCAGCUACUUGAGAGGCUGAGGCAGGAGAAUUGCUUGAACCCAGGAGGUGGAGGCUGCAGUGAGCCAAGAUCACCCCAUUGCACUCCAUCCUGGGCAACAAGAGUGAAACUUCAUCUCAAAAAAAGGAAAAGAACUGAACAAAUUAAAACCCUGGAACAGUCUGACGUCCACAGACACAUUUCAGAAAAGUGGCAAGAGUUGAGUCUUUCCUCCUUCAGGAAGCAUUUUGGUAGAAUUUCCAUAGAGCAUUGUCUGGGAGUGAUUGAUCCCAACAUGUAUGUUACCAAGCCCCAAAAGGGACCUCAUACUGGAUGUGGUGGCAUGUGCCUGUAGUCCCAGCUACUCGGGAGGCUGCAGCAAGAGCAUUGCUUGAGCCCAAGAGUUCGAGUCCAGCCUGGGCAAAAGAAAGAGACCCUGUCUCUAAAAAAAGGUACCUUAGAAGGUCACCUGGCUAGCUAACCUUUUAAAGGCAGGGGUGUGACAUGUGGGACUUCUAGUGUCUUGGGAGUGUCUUGGCUACAUGUAGCCUUCUGGGAUUUAUGUGCCCAGAGGAAGAAGCACUGAGCCUCAAGAAACUAGAUCAGACUCAGAACCACAGACCAAUCAGAAAUUUCUCUCCCACCACUAUAUCAGCAUGAUACAGGUCUACAUUCAUUUCUACAAAUAGGAACAAGUUCCUUGCAGUAAUCUUAUUUUAUGACUUGUAUUUUUCCUAUAUUCUUCCUUGGAGGUUUCAGUUUUCAUUACAUUGUGUUCAAGAUUCCAUAUCUCUGUAAAUUACAGCUAAUUACAGGGCAUUGUUCCAUGGUUAUUAAAAACCAGAGUUUAUUAAAACUCCUGAGUCUAAGGGCCACCUUACCUUUCACUUCCAUUAUGCUGUAAAAACAGACUGAGCUGCAAACCACGUCCUUCAUCUGUUGUUCAUUUUCUUGCAACUCUUUGGCUAUGAUCCCCUGAGCAUCGCGUUCAUCACACAUGCUCACAGUUAUGUCCCCUGAUUCAGAUGUCCAUUAAUUGUGAAAUAAAAUCCUGCUUCAACAGCA